AUGACGGUGGGAGGAGUAGAAGCUGGCGAAAAGGAGCUGAUCAAAAGGCAGUCAACUUACGAUAGUUUCGGAAACAGUUCUGCUGCAAGGGGGACACGAUCCGGUACUUCAUCCUGCAAUGGACAUGACACAAAUACGUUCUCCGAUGACGCAACAACAAAGCUGAUUAUGCAUAGAUAUAAAGCAAAGUCUACUCAGUUGGGGUCUCCAAUUGCAUCUAACAAGAGAAGUCAAGCAGCAGAAGUGGUGGCAGAACAUUUUGAACAACCGGGUACAUCUUCUACUGCUUCAGGAUCGACAGCUGGCUCAAUCAAUGAAGGAGCUAGUACCAGCACUAAUCAGUCCAAUGAAAAUAUCCCUUCAAGCACCCCAAAACCCGCACGAAAAUGGAAAAAAUCACGAGCUGCAAAACAGUCGUUGACCUUAAGUAGUAGUAGGCCGGAUAAAGGCGCAUCUCAAGGAGCAUCUGCAUUAGGCCGUAAGAUCGGAGAUUAUCCCACUACUGGUGAAGGCGACUUGGUUCCACUGCUGAUGAAGCUGUGCGUAGGUGUCGUUGAAGCUCAUGGGAUGGACACAGUUGGUAUUUAUCGUAUACCGGGAAAUACCGCUGCUGUCAAUGCGCUGAAGGAAAAUCUAAACUUGGGCUUAGAGAAUAUCGAUUUUAAAGAUCCACGUUGGAGGGAUGUGAACGUUGUAAGCAGUUUGUUGAAAAUGUUUUUGAGAAAGCUUCCGGAGCCUCUGCUGACAGACAAGCUUUAUCCUUUUUUUAUAGAUGCAAAUCGUAUUGCCGGUCAUCCGCAAAGGCUUCAUAAAUUAAGAAACCUAGUGCGUAAAUUGCCUGCUGAUCAUUAUGCUACAUUAAAAUACCUAAUGCACCAUCUUCUUGUUGUCAGUUCCCACAGCGGCGUUAAUAAGAUGGAAACGCGUAAUUUGGCUCUUAUGUUUGGUCCGUCAAUUGUUAGACCCAGCGAUGAUAAUAUGGCGACUAUGGUCACUCACAUGUCUGACCAGUGCAGAAUUAUUGAGACGUUUAUAACUUAUUUCGAAUGGAUGUUUAAUGAGGCCAGUGGUGCCAACGACGAGGUUCCAAGCCCUGUUAUCACCGCUUCUGAUGCCGCAAAUUCUUUCGGUGCCGGUGGAAAAUCUGGUUCAGCUGAUUUUGAUGGUGGCUCUCAAAGUAGUUUCACCACAACCUCACUGAACGAUAUGCAUAAUUUGUUGAGGAGGGUUAAUGAAGCUGAAGCAAUCGCACUAAUGGAUGCUCAACGAGGGGGCAAAAUUAAACAAAUAUUAAAUGUACGACGGAACUCAAGAAAAGAGAAGUCUAGGAAACGAGACCAUUCGGUUCAUGCUACAUCUAGUUCUCAUGAACCACCAAACACGGGUUCGGCUAGAAAAAUUUCUGAGAAAGAUCGGAAUCCGAAAAACGUUUACCAGGAGCGUGAUAUCGAUGCUGAAAUUGCAUCACGUGGUCAAAGCAUUAAAACCGAACUGUCCUGCGCGACAAGUUCAUCUCUAGGUCAUUCGCCAAGCUUAGGUUCCUCCUUAGGUUCCGUUACCGAAUCUAGUCAGCAAACAAUAUCUCGUAUUGAUGCUACUGUGCGCAGUGAGUCUUAUGCUGAUGCUGAUGCAAUGAGGAAAAAACGGCAGCAGGAAAUCUAUUCUGCUAGACGGAUUUUUAUCGCCGGAACAGAUGCUGAUCCGUUAGAUGUCAACCCUACAGGUGUUGACCUAGAUGAUCUUGUUAGCCAUACCAGACACUUAAAUCUAGCCUCGUCACCUGCUUUAGAAGUUUUGAGUGCAGAAACCCGGGAAAAAAUUCGAAAAAUGCAACAGCUACAAGGAUGGUUUACAACGGCAAGUGAAAGGCGUGAGGCAGAUGCUUCAAAAAGAACCUACAGGAUCGGUGACACUUUUUGUAGUGAAGAAUCUGUUAGCCAAACGAAAAACCCUCGAAGAGGUGGCGAAGAAUUUUCUUCUACUGAUGCAUUAUCCCUCACCUCCGACUAUAGUACAACAUCAUCAGCUCCACUAACAGCCCCUGUAACUGUCUCUUGCAUGGAUCACCUUGCAACUACCAGCAGCGAUUAUGCCUCAUCGGAUAUGCGAAUCGACGGAUCAUUGGUAAAUGCAUCAUUUUGCAAAACAAAUCCAUCCACACAAUUAGGGACUGAUGCAGAAAACAUAGAGAUUCGAGCUCCGCAGUUUUCUACAUUUGCGCAUAAUAAUGCACAAGAGCAGCCCGAAACACAAAAUAAAGUAGAUUCUCAACGUCAGAUUUUAAUAGAAGCGAAGGAGAAUGAGAAACCAGCGUUUCUUAAUGCAGGCUGUUCAUCAAGAGCACAAAGAGUUAAAGCUCGCGCUAAAGCGUCUCGUAAAGAUUUGUGGCGACGGCAUACUUUAAGCGAUGUUGAUAUUAUUAGACAGGCAAUUGCUCAAGAAAAAGCUCGAGAAAAAGCUUUCACAGCAGCACCGAUUAAUGAGAAAUCAAAAGUGAGCAAACUUGCGAGGUGGAUAAAAAAUAGCUUUCGAAGAUCUUCGCACGAUUUGGUUGUGAACGACUCCUUUAGUUUUCACCAAGGCUAUAAUUCCCCAACGCUUCCAUCUAGUGGCGGACCAACUCCACCAAGUGAGAUUUUACCAUCUUCAGGUGACGAGCAGUUAUAA